UGCCGAUAGAGUCUGGAUGCACACACUUGAUUGCAGACCUCCGUCUCCACAGGACUCUUCCUUGCUGGUCAGCAAUGUGUCGACCAGCUGUGGUGAGGGCCAGGAAGCGAACUUGUUUGGAGCCCUGGGUUAUUGGCCUCAUCACCUUUAUAUCUCUAAUUGUGCUGGCGGUGUGCAUUGGACUCAUCGUUCAUUAUGUGAGAUACAAUCAAAGGAAGACCUACAAUUACUAUAGCACAUUGUCGUUUACAAGUGACAAACUAUAUGAUGACUUUGGAAAAGAGGCUUCUACAAAUUUCACGGAAAUGAGCCAGAAAAUUGAAUCAAUGGUGAAAAAUGCAUUUCAUAAAUCUUCAUUGAGGGAAGAUUUUUUCAAGUCUCAAAUUAUCAAGUUCAGUCAAGAGGAACAUGGAGUGUUCGCUCAUAUGCUGCUGAUUUUUAGAUUUCGCUCUACUGAGGAUCCUGAAGCCAUAAAUAAAAUUAUUCAACGUGUUCUACACCAAAAGCUACAAGAUGCUGUAGGGCCUCCUAAAUUAAAUCCUGAAUCAGUUGAAAUAAAAAAAAUUAACAAUACAGAAACGGACAACUUUCUGAACAACUGCUGUGGGACACGAAGGAGUAAAACUACAAAACAGGGUCUCAGGAUCGUCGGUGGGACAGAGGUAGAAGAGGGUGAAUGGCCUUGGCAAGCCAGCCUUCAAUGGGAUGGGAUCCAUCGCUGUGGAGCAGCUUUAAUUAAUGACACGUGGCUUGUGGGUGCUGCUCACUGCUUUAGAGUAUAUAAGGACCCAGCCAGAUGGACUGCUUCCUUUGGAGUAACAAUAAAGCCUCCGAAAAUGCAACGAGGACUCCGGAGGAUAAUUGUCCAUGAAGAAUACAAAUAUCCAUCACAUGACUAUGAUAUUUCAGUUGCAGAGCUGUCUAGCCCUGUUCCCUACACAAAUGCUGUGCACAGAGUUUGUCUCCCUGAUGCAUCCCACAAGUUUAACCCAGGUGAUGAGAUGUUUGUGACAGGAUUUGGAGCACUGCAAAGUGAUGGUAACAGUCAAAAUCAUCUUCGGCAAGUAAAGGUGGAUUUCAUAGAUACUAAAACCUGUAAUGAGCCUCAAGCUUACAAUAAUGCCAUAACUCCUAGAAUGUUAUGUGCUGGCUCCUUGCAAGGAAAAAGAGAUGCAUGCCAGGGUGACUCCGGAGGACCACUGGUUAGUUCAGAUGCUAGAGAUAUCUGGUACCUUGCUGGCAUAGUGAGCUGGGGAGACGAAUGUGGGCAACCCAAUAAGCCUGGUGUUUAUACUAACGUGGCUGCCUUCCGGGACUGGAUUGCUUCCAAAACUGGCGUCUAAGAGAGAAAAACCCAUAGAAUGGAAUGCAUUUUUGUGCAUAAGCCAUUCUUAGAAAUAGAAUUGCAGAAGAAGCCUUGCAGGUCACCCAGAUCUGACGGAUCUAACUCAACUGUCUACUUGAUGCAUAUACUUCCUUUCUAGCUCUCCUUCACACUGAGCAUCCUGCUUCUGCCAGAUGGAUUCUGUCCCAACUUGCAUUCAUUUGUUUCAUAGAAGUUUUCUGUCCUCGAAAUUUUGGCUUGUUGACAUAAAUUUCGGCUUGUUGACAUAAAUUUCUCAUGCGUAAACACAAUCUGAAGUGAUCCCUUCCUUCAUUUCCUCAGCUUCUCUCAUCUCAGAAAAUUUCUACUUUCAAGGUGCAGGACAAAGAGUGAAAAGAAAUAUAAAAAUGAAAGAACUACAUUUUAAUGUACAGAAAAUUAUCAGGUUUUUUUUUUCUUAAUGAAAUGUGGAAAAUGAUCCUAUUUAUUAUGAAAGGUCAAGUAAGCAGACAGUAAAAUACCAAACACUUCAUGAUGGAGAAAGAAUGGGAACUAAGUUAAGAAAAUACAGAGAAACCAAGAAAUAGCUUUAUUUUCCUUUCCAGCAAACAACUACAGAGAGAAACGUGGGGAAGAUUCUAUUUUCUUGUGGACUAUGAUAAUUAUACAAACUUAUAUAAUGUACUUGUUCUAAGUUAAAGCAAACAAUAUUUAUUUAACAUUGCACUGCUGAGGAUAUCGAUAUAUAGUAAAAAACAAAUAAAUCAUCCAUUUGCUUGACAUUAUAAUAUGAUAGUCCAUGAAGGAUGGGGAAGAUGGGGAAAAUGUCACUAAUUAAUUUAUUGCAAAUUCUUUUUUCUGGGGCUAGAACGAAAAUUCAUUUAAGAACCAUCAACAUACCUCAUGUGUUAAGAUUUUUGUGUGGUUGAAUGAGAGGGAAUGAAGGGAGAAUCAGUCCAGACUAUGAAUGAAAUGGGAUUAUCACCAAGUGCUUGCGUGUUUGUAUUUAAAGCUUUCCCAAACUGCAAAACCUUGGGGGAAUAAGGUCGAGGUGUUAUUGUGUAGCUGUAGUCGUGCAAAUGAAGCUAGAGCUCAGACCUCCAUUUUGAGAAGAUUGCACUCCCCACCCCCGCCCGCACGGGGGCGUUUCCCUCCCGGUAUGGGACCAAGGGUCUCCUAGACGCCUCUAAUGUUUACCUCAAAUGAUUGUUGUAAGGAUUAAAAUGAGAUAAUGUUUGAAAGUGCUUACUCAGCAUAGGGAAGGCGUCGUAGGGAAUUUAUUCUGGAAGCUGUCUCCCUGCAACAUCUAGUAUGGCACUGAAUUGCUAAUUGCUUGGAUACAAAACUGAAGAGUAAAGGCCUAAUAUCAGCCACCUUCAUACUUUUAGUGUUGGUCUUUUACUUUUGAGCUGUUCAAGACACAGCAUGCAAGUGAUCCAUCCAGGCCAUUAUGGAGUUAGGACUGGUGUGCCAUGACCUACGCUGUGUUAAUGGUGAGAUUUCACUGAAUCUUUCCGUUACCCUUUCUUCAUUGUAUACAGUUACUCAUACAAGUUCUGUAUUGCACCGUAACCACUUUGAAAAUCAACAUUAGUGGGAAAAAUUUGACUUUUACUCACCGAAAUAAUAUUGGCGUAUGAACUGAUAAAAUUUAGGCACUUGGCUAAAAUAUGAAAACUGACACGAAUUGAUAGUGUUAAAUAGUUGGCACAAACUAUUUUUGUUCCACUUAAUGAAAUCUUUUGGGAAAAAACAAAAUUGAGGCACGUGAUGAAUUUUAAGCAGAGGUUUAAGUACCUUUCAAACUAAAUUACGCUGUGUUCCACUAAAAGUUGAUUCCCCCGUUUCAGUAUUUUCUACAGUUGGCCUCUAGGUGGCACCCGCAAGCUGUUGGACGAUAUAGGGAAGAAAGACGUUCGUCUCUUCAAAUAAUAAUGAGAACUGUAGUAGAAAUUCUUUAUUAGGGUCUUGUAAAACCAAAAGAAUAUAAUUUGUCUUUGUGAAGCCACUUAAAAAUGAAUUCAUAUAAACUGACAUCAUGAUUAGUGUUUUCCAUAUUUCUGGAGGUGAGUUUCCAAACUGAAAUAAAAUUUAUAACGUGAUAUGAGAAAUUUCCUCUGCAGACAAACUUGGAGAGAUUUAAACGAAGGAGAAGUUUUAGAAGUUUAAUUUCACAAUGACAUCAUAUUCCCCAGAGAAAUAUUUUUGAUCUUUUCUUUUACAAAAGAUUUGAGAAAUAGAGGUUGGGUCACAGUGAAAAUGUGAGCAAUAGUUCAACCUUUACGUGCACAGAGAAAUAGAUAAUACAGUAUCAUAAUUUUUAAAUGACAACUUCUUUUGAAAGAUAACGUAUAAAAGGUUUCAGCAUUCUUGGACAUGUCUGUUUUAACCAUUUCAUUGGAGAAAGCUAAGUCGUGACUGAGAUAAUAUUUGUAAGUUGUACAAGAUGGCGGCAGUUCCUCUUCUAUAUCUUCUAUGACCCUCCCCACAGCAUCUAGUAAAGUGCUUUGUAUAUAAUAGUCUUUCAAUAAAUGUUGUUGAACCGUU